AUGAGUUCCCAUCAAUGUACAGUUUUGAGGACCAAACUAACUCAGCUGGAGUGUCACUUCACCUGGGAUCUGAGAAAAGAAGAUACAGAUCUGACUGAUCUUCUGAAUAGACUACAAGACCAAACUGAGUUGGAUCUUGGUGGACAAGAAGGAGCUGCACGAACACACAGCUUUUUGGGAUUCGUAAAGUUUCUUCUAGACUCCAACAAUGAAGCACUUAGUAACUUUCAGAGAUCUGUGGAGGUUGUUAAAGAGCUGCAUGGAAAUAAAUGUGGCCAGCUGCUCCUUGUUUCCUAUGGAAACCUUGCAUGGUUACACUAUCAUAUGGAUAAUUAUGUUGAGAGUGAAAGUUACCUGAAUAAACUGGAAGAGAUUAAAGAAAAAUAUCCACCAGACUCUUCCUCUGUUUUGGACGCUAAUCUGCUUGGAGAGAAAGGAUGGACCUUCCUUAAAUUCUAUCGCAAAUACUAUGACAGAGCUGAAGAGUGCUUCAGAAAGGCCUUGGAGCUAGAACCAGAACAAGGUGAAUGGAACUCGGGGCUUGCCAUUGUUCUGUACCGAACAGAAACUGAGUCUGUCAGUUCAACUGAAUCACCCACAAUUAAGCAACUGAGACGUGCCAUAGAAACUAACCCGGAUGAUAAUGUUGUUAAAGUAUUGCUUGCUUUAAGAUUAUGUUUUCACAAAGAAUACAGUGAGGCAGAGAGCUUAGUGGAGACAGCAUUAGAGAGGACUUCAGACCAUCCACACGUGAUUCGAUAUGUUGCAAAGUAUUUUCAGCAAAAGGGCUCUGUGGACAGAUCAACUGCCCUUCUGAGAAGAGCCCUAGAGAAAGUGCCAAAUUCUGCCUUUAUACACCAUCAACUAGCCCUUUGCUACAAGAAAACUAAAAUUUAUCUGCAGCGUGCAAGUAGUCACCAUAGCAAGGAUGCUGCAAUUAAGCAGGCUCGUAAACAGUGCAUUUAUCAUUUAGAGAGGGCCACCGAACUGAAGCCCAGCUUUACUCUAGCCAUGAAUGAGUUGGCCCUCCAAUAUGGGGAGAACCAGGAUUUGUCAAAGGCAGAGGAGAUGUUUAAGCUAGCACGUCAGACAGUAGAAAAAAGAAAUGAAAACCUUCAGAUGUUUCAUAAAUUUUAUGCAGUGUUUCAGCAGUACAGUAUGAAAUGUGAGCCUCUGGCCAUUGAACACUACACUAAAUGUCUGAAGCUGAAUUCAAAAACAUAUGAAGGGAAGGAAAGUGCUAAACACCUGACAAAGAUUGCUGAGAGAAGGAUUCGCAAAAACUCACAGGAUGGAGAUGCCUUUGGAAUACUGGGAUUAGUUCAUAAGGAACAGGGGGAUAGACAACGUGCUCAGGAGUACUAUGAGAAAGCUCUAGGAUACGUACACAAUGAUGAGUACCUCAGUAAUCUUUGUGAACUUCAGCUUGCUGUAGAGUGAUCACAUACUACUUAUAAUCCUACCUUACAUAUGCACCAACACUACAAAACUGCACCAAUAACAAACUUUGUAUGCACCUAGCAUUACAGACCAGUCAACACACCCCAACACUCUCAUACACAGAAACCUACACACCAACACUUUACUACUGAUAAACCCCACUAACCUAAACAGACUAACAUCAUUAAUCAAACUGGUACCUUGGAACAUACAUGGUAUUGGCUCUCUGGUAACAAUAUGGACCUACACUGUGUCACCACACUAAAUGUAGAUAUCUGCUUAUUACAAGAAACCAUUUAUUUGCAUCAGACCAGCACAAAUUAAAGGCACCACGACUCAUAUUUUUCUCUGCUCACUACAACUCCACACAAAGAGGAGUCUCUCUUGUACUGAAUAAAAAUAUUAGGCACAAUCCCAUUUUUACUGAUUCUGAAGGCUGAUUUAUAAUAAUAAAUAUCACAAUCAGUAGCAACC